AUGACUGUCAGAGUUGCUAUUAACGGUUUCGGUAGAAUCGGUAGACUGGUUCUAAGAAUUGCUUUGUCCAGAAAGAACAUCGAGGUUGUUGCCAUCAACGAUCCAUUCAUCAGCAACGACUAUGCUGCCUACAUGUUGCAAUACGACUCCACCCACGGUAGAUACAAGGGUAAAGUCACCCACGAUGACAAGCACAUCAUCGUCGAUGGUCACAAGAUUUCCACUUUCCAAGAGAGAGACCCAUCGAGCCUGCCAUGGGGUUCCCUAAAGAUCGACAUCUGUGUUGACUCUACUGGUGUCUUCAAGGAAUUGGACACUGCCCAGAAGCACAUCGACGCUGGUGCCAAGAAGGUUGUCAUCACCGCCCCAUCCGGUACCGCCCCAAUGUUCUGCAUGGGUGUCAACGAGGAGAAGUACGACGGUCAAACCAUCAUUUCCAACGCCUCCUGUACCACCAACGGGUUGGCCCCAAUGGCCAAGAUCUUGGACGAAAACUUCGGUAUCGACGAAGGUUUGAUGACCACCGUCCACUCAAUGACUGCCACUCAGAAGACCGUCGACGGUCCAUCCCACAAGGACUGGAGAGGUGGUAGAACCGCUUCCGGUAACAUCAUCCCAUCCUCCACCGGUGCCGCCAAGGCUGUCGGUAAAGUCUUGCCUCAGUUGCAAGGUAAGUUGACCGGUAUGGCCUUCAGAGUCCCCACCGUCGAUGUCUCCGUCGUCGACUUGACCGUCAAGUUGAACAAGGACACCACCUACGACGAAAUCAAGAAGGCCUUCAAGAAUGCCUCCGAGGGUAAGUUGAAGGGUAUUGUCGGCUACACCGAGGACGCCGUCGUCUCCUCUGACUUCAUCGGUGACACGCACUCCACCAUCUUCGACGCCACUGCCGGUAUCCAAUUGGGUCCAAGAUUCGUCAAGUUGGUUUCCUGGUACGAUAACGAGUACGGUUACUCCACCAGAGUCGUCGACUUGGUCGAACACGUCGGUAACUAA